AUGAAAUUUUUUAAUUUGAAUAAAUUAAAUAUUAUAUUCCCAUUAAAAUUAUUUAAUAAUGAAUAUAUUUAUAUUAAUAAAAAAUAUAUUAUUAUAAAAUAUAUUUAUUUUAAAUUUUUUGAUUUUUCUUUUAUUACUUUAAUUAAAUAUAUUAAUAAUAAUUAUUAUACUAUAAUAAAAUUAUAUCAUAAAAUUAAAAAAAGUAAUACUAUAAAUAAAAAUAAUUUAUCUAAAUCAACAAAAAAACCUUGGAAACAAAAAGGAUUAGGUAUGGCACGAUCAGGAUCAUUUAAAUCUCCUUUAUGGAAAGGAGGAAUUAAAUUAUUCGGACCUAAAAAUAGAAUUAUUAAUAUAAUAUUUCAAAUAAAAAAGAAAAAAUUAAAUUUUUUUUAUUUACUUUUAAAUAAAAGAACAUAUAUAUCUUUUACAAGUUAUAAUGCCUACAAUAUAUACUUUAAUAAUUUUAAAGAAUAUUUAAAUAAACAGAAAAGAAUUAAAGGUAUAUUUUCUAAUAAAAUAAUAUAUAUUUUAUUAAAUAAUAAUAUAAAUAUAAAAAAAACUAAUUAUCCUUUUAUAUUAUCUAUAAAAUCAUUAAAUAUAAUUUCUUUUUUAAAAUUUAAUUAUAUAAUAUUUUUAAUUUAA